GCGGGCGGUGAUUGGCAGCGGGGCGGGUUGUUUGCGCGCGGCGCGCCGGGGCCGGGGCCGGGCCGGGGUCGCCAUGCGGCUGCUGCGGUGGCUGGGGAAGCGCGCGGCGCUGGCCGGCGUGCCCACCUACAUCGAGCACUUCAGCAAGUUCUCGCCAUCGCCGCUCUCCAUGAAGCAGUUCCUGGACUUCGGCUCCAGCAAUGCCUGUGAGAAGACCUCCUUUGCCUUCCUGCGGCAGGAGCUGCCCGUCCGCCUCUCCAACAUCAUGAAGGAGAUCAACCUGCUGCCAGACCGCGUCCUGCGCACUCCCUCCGUCCAGCUGGUGCAGAGCUGGUACGUCCAGAGCCUGCUGGACAUCAUGGCGUUCCUCGACAGGGACCCUGAGGACCAGGCCACCCUGGGACAGUUCACAGAUGCCCUGGUCACCAUCCGCAACCGGCACAACGACGUGGUGCCCACCAUGGCUCAGGGGGUCAUCGAGUACAAGGAGGCCUAUGGAGAUGACCCCGUCUCCAACCAGAACAUCCAGUACUUCCUCGACCGCUUCUACCUGAGCCGCAUCUCCAUCCGCAUGCUCAUCAACCAGCACACUCUGCUCUUCGAUGGCAGCACCAACCCUGCGCACCCCAAGCACAUUGGGAGCAUUGACCCCCAUUGCAGCGUGGCCAACGUGGUGAGAGAUGCCUACAACAUGGCUAAGCUCCUGUGUGACAAGUACUACAUGUCCUCGCCUGACCUGGAGAUCGAGGAGGUGAAUGCGAGCAAUGCCCAGCAGCCCAUCAACAUCGUCUACGUCCCCUCGCAUCUCUACCACAUGCUCUUUGAGCUCUUUAAGAAUGCCAUGCGAGCCACCGUGGAGAGCCAUGAGAACAGCCCUCGGCUGCCGGCCAUCAAGGUGAUGGUGGCCCUGGGCCAGGAGGACCUCUCCAUCAAGAUGAGUGACCGGGGCAUGGGUGUCCCCCUGCGGAAGAUCGAGCGCCUCUUCAGCUACAUGUACUCCACCGCUCCCACCCCACAGCUGGGCACUGGGGGGGCCCCCCUGGCCGGAUUUGGCUAUGGCUUGCCCAUCUCUCGCCUCUACGCCAAGUACUUCCAGGGGGACCUGCAGCUCUUCUCCAUGGAGGGCUUCGGCACCGACGCUGUCAUCUACCUAAAGGCCCUGUCCACGGACUCGGUGGAGCGAUUGCCGGUUUACAACAAGUCAGCGUGGCGGCACUACCAGGCCAGCCAGGAGGCAGGGGACUGGUGCAUCCCCAGCACCGAGCCCAAGAACACCUCCACUUACCGUGUCCCCUAGGGUCCCCCCUGGGGGCUCGCUGCCCGCUCAGGCUGUAGAUAGCCCUCACCCCAGGCGUUCCCCAUCACCCAGGGGUGGUGUUUUAGCAUCCUGGUUCUGCCUCCCGCCUCCACCGCGGUUGUUAGGACUUGUUGGGAAGCAUGUGAAACGUGGGGUGGGGUUCCAGUGGGAUGGGGGGUCCCAGCACCCCCCUGCCUUGGUGGCACUUAGGUAUGUAGCUGGGGGUGGCAUUGAAGCAGCAUGGAGAGGGUAGAGCCCCUGUUGCCCCCCCCCCCCCUCCCCCGCCACCUUGGCACCGACCCCGGGAGGUGCACACUAGGGGUACCGCAGGAACAGCGAGGGACUGGUCCUUCCCCAGUAUGACCAGCAGCACUUCUCUGCCCCUCCAGCCCUGACAGGGUUGGGGGACCAGGCUUGAGCCCCUCCUCCCCAGCUCCCUGUGCCGUCCCUGGUAUUGCACUACUGAGCUGUUCUCAUCUGUGUGCGCCGCCACUCCACACCCCUGUGCUCUCCUUGGGGUGGGUUCCCCACACACGCUCUGACCUGCUCGGGAGCUUCCCCCUGCCCCCCCCAGAUACCCUUCCCCCCGCCCCCGCUGUCAGUAAAUUGGAU